AUGCACACGCAUGGCAUGGCAGGUACGGUGUACGGAGUACUUCGUACCUAUCCGAGCAAGCGCCUCCUGAAGUGCUCAUCCCAUGUGCCCCCGAACCCGCCAACACCAAGAUCUGAUUCAGUAACCGCCUUAUCCCAACAACAUCUCGUCAUUAAUUGGGAAUCACAAUUCUACCAAGCAAAUCAACAACUGCACGUAAUGUGUACUAAUGGUCAGGUACACAAGAGAUCAAACAUGACAACUCGCUACCUUAGUUGUCUAACCUCUGCGAUACGCUCCGUCCACCCGAUUUGUCGGUUUGAUUAUUUCUUGGUGUUGCGUCAAAGACGUCCCCUAUUCUCGGGCAUCGGUGCGACGGCUACCUACGUUCGUCAUGCCCUGUCCCACCCUCCAACGUUUUUUUGA